AUGGCCCUACUUUCAAAGAACUACACGAUACCAACACCAGACAGCAAUGGGAGCUCGAUUCAUUACACACAAAAGGUGAACAAUAUCGCUUUACAACUUACAUCGACUACUACGAAAGACGAUUUGCAGUCGCUCAAGGUAGAAAUAGAGAAUGGGUUUCAAGAUCAAAUUGAGAAAAAAUUUUCUACUCGAGAUCUAAAUAAUAGAGAUGCUUCUGAGAAUCGUGAGUCUAAUUCUGGCACUAAUCAUAUGGGUGGGUCUCAGUUUAAUAUGAACUCAGGAGGAAGAGAUCUUCUGCCACCACAGCGUAUGCCGAAAGUUGAUUUCCAUCGUUUUGACGACGACAAUCCAAAAAGCUGGUUACAGAAAUGUGAGUAUUAUUUUCAGAUGAAUAAUCUUCCAGACCACACCAAAACUAGGAUGGCGGCUAUACAUCUUGAUGGUAAAGCAUCUAAAUGGUAUGACAACUUCUGCCUCAAUCAAACCCAUAUUUCUUGGAAGUGCUUUUGUGAUAAUGUUUGUGCUCGUUUUGAAAACCCUGCAAACGAUAAUAUUGUGGGUUUAUUCAAUAAGUUGACUCAACUGACUACUGUUGAAGCUUACUUUGAAGAAUUUGAGUAUUUGAAAGCCUUGUUGUUGAGUGUUCAUCCACAUUUUCCUGAGUCAUACUUCAUUGCUAGCUUUAUUGGUGGUUUGAAAGAAGAACUCAGAAGCUCAGUGCCUAUGUUCGAUCCUAAAACAUUGUUACAGGCUUUCUCACUUGAUAGAAUGCAAGAAAAAACACUCAACCUACAACAGAAGGUUACCAAACCACCACAAAAAAAAUUCACUCCCAAUUUUUCCACCACCAAGCCAUUUACUUCCACUACAUUCACUCCAAAACCUAAUGUUGUCCCAUCUACCUCACUUUCUCCCAAAUCAACUCCAAAAACAAAUACACCCAUACCACUAAAAAGCCUUACUCCUGAACAAGUACAAGCCAGGAAAGCUAAGGGACUAUGUUUUAAUUGUGAUGACUAUUAUAGAAGGGGACACAUUUGUAAAAAGCAAUAUCUAUGUGUCUUGAUUGGUGAAGAGACUAUAGACAAUCCUGAGCCAGAGGAUGAGAUGCUAAUAGAUACAGAGGAAGCACUUGUUGUAGAGAGUGAUAUGGAGAUUUCUUUGCAUGCUUUGACAGGUACUAUCUCUACUGAUACUAUCAGAAUUCCAGGCUCCAUUAACAAGAAGGCCAUCUCCAUUCUCAUAGAUACUGGGAGCACUAACAGCUUCAACAAUGCUCUGGCCAAAGAGCUACACUUUCAUGUGGAACACACUACUAGUUUAUUGGUUACUGUGGAAAAUGAUGAAAAGACUGUCAGCUCAGGUAUAUGUUCUCAACUAAAUUGGUCAAUGCAGGGGCACAAGUUUUGUGGAGAUUUGAGACUUCUUCUGUUAGGUGGCUGUGACAUUGUAUUAGGUGUUGACUGGUUGAGAAAUUUGGGGGAUGUCUUGUUCAACUUGUCCAAGCUAUGCAUCACAUUUAUAUACAAGGGUAAGAAGAUUACCCUCACUGGAGAUCAACCUAAACCAUCAAUUAGCAUGAUGAGUGGAACAAAAAUAAAGAAAUUCUUCCAGAAGCACACUCAUGGACUGGUGGGUCAACUAUUCUCCAUUUCCCCUACCCCUACACACUCACAUACACCACCUCAAAUCUCUUCAUUACUAAAUCAAUACCCUGAUGUUUUUUGUGAUCCAACACAGCUACCUCCUCAAAUAUCCUUGGACCACAAAAUACCACUCAAACCAAACUCUGCACUAGUUAAUCUCAGACCCUAUAGGUUCCCUUACAUACAGAAAACAGUUGUUGAGAAUUUGGUUAAAGAAAUGCUGCAAGCUGGUAUCAUCAAACCAAGCAACAGUCCCUUUGCCUCUCCAAUCUUACUUGUCAAGAAAAAUGACAACUCUUGGAGGUUUUGUGUAGAUUAUAUGAAAUUAAAUAGCCUCACCAUCAAAGACAAAUUUCCUAUCCCUAUCAUUGAUGAGCUCCUAGAUGAACUACAUGGUUCUAAGUUCUUUACUAAUUAA